AUGAACUGCUGUUAGUUACCAAGGAGGAACCCAUCUGACAAACAACAAGAAGACGAGAGACUCCAUACUGUUUACAGUGUUCAUAAGGGUUUUACUGUAUCAAACCAGAAGACGAGAGACUCCAUACUGUUUACAGUGUUCAUAAGGGUUUUACUGUAUCAAACCAGAAGACGAGAGACUCCAUACUGUUUACAGUGUUCAUAAGGGUUUUACUGUAUCAAACCAGAAGACGAGAGACUCCAUACUGUUUACAGUGUUCAUAAGGGUUUUACUGUAUCAAACCAACGUUCUACAGAUAUCCACCGGAACCAAACUAUUCUGACAAUUAUCUCAGUAGAUUUGACUGACGUUGGAAGAGAUGAGAUCUAUGUUUUCCCACCCUGCCGUCCUGUUCCUGUGGAUUCAGAGUUCUAGUGGAUGGAUGCAUCCUAAAUGCCAGAUUUAUGACAGUAGUGAAGACUUGGAACACUUUCCCACCUGGAUCUGCAGCCACAUACCUCAUCAUGCAGAACGUUACACUGCUGCCUGUCAAGAUGUCACAGCCAUCGAGGAGGAUCUACUUGGACUUCCCCCUAAUAUCAAUACCCUCUGCAUAUAUAUGACACAUGGUGAAAAUAGAUCCAUGUCUCUGGGCUUUUUCUCUCAGUUUCAGGAUCUGGAGUACCUGUACAUUGAUGGCUGUUUUACUCAAAUUCUUCCAACUGGGAACAGUCACCUUCUAAAUCUACAACAUAUGUACUUGAUAGAUAAAUGGGGAACAGGCUCUGGGUGCUGUGAUUGUCAUAUUGGGCCCCAUACAUUCAUAGAUCUAGUUAAGUUAUGUGAUUUGACCAUACAGGGUUACAGGUUAACAGCAAUGGCCCCAGAUGUUUUCCAUGGCAUCCCUCAGUUACAAAGAUUAAUCAUUAGUGAACCCUGUGUAUAUGAUUUGUCAGAUAUACUAUGCAGAAUAAUGAAUAUAAAGUCACUUAUAGAGCUAAAAAUAGUAGCACCAGAGAUACAAUCGAUAAACCAAUCAAACUGCUCCAUUUUAAACACCAACGAAAGCAUGAAACCUGUUUUUAACAAUCUAGCAUUCUCUGACUUCUCAUUUGUUGAAAUAACACAUAUAGAGGAAGGUUCACUGGCUUGGCUCCAGAACCUCACAAGGUUAACAGGGGUUUUCAGCCAGGAAGUCCUACUGCACCUUCCCCUGUCUGGGAUUCAGCAGAUACAGGACUUCAGUUGCUAUGGGAUCAAUGUCAUUGAUAUUGAAAGUAUCUGUAAUGUUGUGUUUUUGCUUUCAAUCAAGAAAAUAUUCGUAAACAAUGCCAAUACAAGCAGCCUCUCUAUGUCCAGUGUUGAAUUGUGCACUGGGCUAGAAUAUAUGUAUUUAAGUGUACCUUUGUCUUUCCAUCCUACUACCCAUUUGGAAUGGAAUUUUCUUUCCAGUCUCAAAAAACUUAACAAAUUAGACAUAGAUUUCCUGAGAGAUAAAAACCCUGAGAUUUGCUCCUUCCAAAAACAACCAAUCACCUGGUUAACAAAACUCACUUUGUUAAUCAAUGUACAAAUACUUUUUGCAAAACAAUUGAUCUGUCUUGUUAAGCUGCAGUAUCUGGACUUGACACAGAAUUUCAUUUCAAACAUUGAAGACUUUGCUUUCCUGGGAUUGACAAAUCUGGAGUCCUUGGACAUUACAAGUAAUAACAUAACACAGAUAAAUGCAAACACAUUUUAUGGUUUACAUAGUUUGACAUGGUUAGACCUCAGGAACAAUCCACUUAUUCACAACAUUGAGGCGAUGUCUUUCACACACCUCAUGUCUCUUAGACAAGUGUUUCUCGGGCAAGUGAACAAUCCACUAACAGAACCUGUGAUCAAGCUGAAUCUGACACUUAUAUUUGGAGGAAUUCUGAGUCAACUGACUCAUCUGUACAUUAGUUCAGCUAUGAGGCCAAUGCAGUUGACUAUCGGCAGUAACAUCACAUCUAAACAGAACCUGAGUCUCCAGCUCAAAGGCCAGACGGUGUCAUUUCAGGACUGUGACAGACCUUUCUUUCAGUCUGUAACCCAUCUUCAUGCUGAUGCUGAAGAAUUCCUUUGUGGAUCUGAAUUCAUGGGAAAGUACUUCACGUCUGUGGAGACAUUUGACUACAGAUCGAAGCUUUCAGCGAAAAGGGUUGAUUUAUCAUCAAUUAAUCAGCUGAUUCACCUGAGGAAACUGACUCUACGACAGGUGGAUCUUUUAAUACAGCGUUCUGCCGACAUCAUUUUUCACAACUUGACCAAACUGGAGGUUGUGGAAAUGUACCACUGCAGGAUUUAUUCUUUAGAGGGGAGUUUAACUAAAGACUUGAAAUCUUUGAAAACGUUGUAUUUGCAUAUAGAGAACAUUUAUAAUGUAUUCUACAGCUUUACUGAACCCCUCUCUAGUCUUAAGUAUUUGACGUUUAAUAAUUUACAGAUGUUUUGCAGUUGUGACAAUGCUUGGCUCAUUACAUGGGCCAAGGGGUACAGGCAGGUUGAAGUGAUCAUGCUUACUCCGUAUACUAGUCCCGUUAUGUAUGCUUUGGAGGACUUGAUAUGCUUGUCGGACAAUGGAAUAGACACACCUAAUUUUGUCAGGUACACAGAAGCCAACUGCACAACAGAGGAGGUUGGCUUUGUGCUCUUUGCUGCGACUGGCCUGGGAGUCCUGUUCUUCAUGCUGGUGGUGUUCGUCCAUAACAUCACCCUUGGCUGGCUGUCGGAGGACAUGCGGUCCAACACCAGGGGGCGCUACCACUACGAUGUGUUUGUCUCCUAUAGCGGGAAGGACGAGCGCUGGGUAUUGAAGGAGCUGCUUCCCAAUCUGGAGCAGAGGGGUCCUCCUUUCCUGCGCCUCUGUCUGCACAGCAGGGACUUCCAGCUGGGGAAGGACAUUGUGGAGAACAUCACAGACAGCCUCUACCGGAGCCGCCACACCCUCUGCCUAGUCAGCCGCAACUACCUGCUCAGUAACUGGUGCUCCCUGGAGAUGAAGCUGGCCACCUACAGGCUGCAGGUGGAGCAAAGGGACAUCCUCCUCCUGGUCUUCCUAGAGAAGAUCCCCCCUCGCCGGCUGUCUGCCCACCACAGGCUGGCUCGCCUGCUGAAAACCAGGACUUAUCUGGACUGGCCCCAGGACCCUAAUCAGCACCAGGCAUUCUGGGACAGACUGUGGGCUAAACUGAAACCUCUGUCUGAAACGUGAUGUCAGAGGUUGAUGUACUGUAAGACAUUCUGGACUGAAAUGUGUCACCAGAGGUUAAUGUGGGACAUUGUGCUAGUGCAGAUGUAAUGUUGACACAUAUGUUGAGGUAUGGCAUUUGUCGUUUAAAGUACUCCGUACAAAUGUCAACCACUAUUUGGGAUUUGUUUUGACAAUUCUGGUGAAGUCCUUUUAAAUAUUCUACCUGUAGUGUACUUUUUAUGAUUCUUCUGAAAUAAUCCUGUUUCAACUUCUUAGAAAAACAUCCAAUGCAUUUUUUUUACUUCCCCAAGUUUGAACAGGUUCUGUUCGUAUUUUUCAACACCUAAUCGCUAACCCAAGUCUUUGUUUGUAAAUGUGUUGCUAAGAGGAACUGAAAAAGGGAUUUAGCUCUGUUUCUGUUUUACUACAGAUAACAACCACUUUACUGCUGUGAAUAACAAUACAUUAAUGACCAAUGACCAUGACCCAGUUAUUAAUGACAAUACAUGAAUGACCAAUGACCAUGAACCAGUUAUUAAUGACAAUACAUUAAUGACCAAUGACCAUAAACCAGUUAUUAAUGACAAUACGUUAAUGACCAAUGACCAUAAACCAGUUAUUAAUGACAAUACAUUACUGACCAAUGACCAUGAAGCAGUUAUUAAUGACAAUACAUUAAUGACCAAUGACCAUGUACCAGUUAUUAAUGACAAUACAUUAAUGACCAAUGACCAUGUACCAGUUAUUAAUGACAAUACAUUAAUGACCAAUGACCAUGAACCAGUUAUUAAUGACAAUACAUUGUCACGCCUUGGUCAUUGUAUUUUGUGUUUUGUUAAUAGUUUGGGUAGGCCAGGGUGUGACAUGGGUAUAUAUGUUGUGUUUCGUAUUGGGGUUUGUAUUAUUUGGGAUUGCGGCUGAUUAGGGGUGUGGUAUAGGUUUGGCUGCCUGAGGCGGUUCUCAAUGAGAGUCAGGUGCUUCUCUUUGUCUCUGAUUGGGAACCGUAUUUAGGUAGCUUGAGUUCGCGUUUUAUUUCGUGGGUGAUUGUACCUGUCUUUGUGUAUUCACCAGAUAGGCUGUAUAGUUUCACGUUCCGUCUGUUGUUUUGUAUCUCACAGUUAUUUCAUGUAUCGCUAUUUCCUUUAUUAAAGCACAUGAGUAACCUACACGCUG